GAAAAUACUCAGAUUCAGCCUAAAAACAGAAAAAAGAAAAGAAAAAGAAAUCAGAUCCAAUUCUAAUCAACAUUCAAAUAUUUUAUUAUAAUUUGUUUUGAAGAAAAAUAAGAGAGAGUGAUACUAGGAAUAAAAAGAUAAGGAUGCAGCAGAACAGUGGUUCGGAUUCACAACCGUCGCAGGAACAGAACCAACGGCCUCAACAAGCGCCGCCGCAACCACAGCCCCAGUGGGUGGCGAUGCAGUAUCCGGCGGCUGCUAUGGUAAUGCAGCAUCAAAUGAUGCAACCGCAGCACUUCGUGGCGCCGCAACCGCCACCUCAGCACUACAUGCCUUAUCACCAUCACCAGUACCAGAACCAUCACGGUCACGCGCAGCAGCCGCAAGGAUCCAGCGGUGGCGGCGAGAACAAAACCGUUUGGGUUGGUGAUUUGCAUCAUUGGAUGGACGAGAACUAUCUUCAUAGCUGUUUCGCUUCCACUGGCGAGAUUGUGUCCAUUAAGGUUAUUCGCAAUAAGCAAACUGGUUUAUCAGAAGGAUAUGGAUUUGUUGAAUUCUUUUCGCAUGCAACUGCUGAGAAAGUUCUUCAAAAUUAUAGUGGCAUUUUUAUGCCUAAUACAGAACAACCUUUCCGUCUGAAUUGGGCAACUUUUAGCACAGGAGAGAAGCGCUCAGAAAAUGGUCCCGACCUUUCUAUUUUUGUAGGAGAUUUAGCUGCUGAUGUUACUGAUAGCAUGUUGCAUGAAAUUUUUGCCAGCAAAUAUCCUUCUGUUAAAGCUGCAAAAGUUGUAAUUGAUGCUAACACUGGUCGAUCAAAGGGUUAUGGUUUUGUGAGGUUUGGGAAUGAUACUGAAAGGUCACAAGCCAUGACUCAAAUGAAUGGUGCAUAUUGCUCAAGCAGACCUAUGCGUAUUGGUGCUGCAACUCCCAGGAAAACGUCAGGGUAUCAGCAACAAUAUUCUUCACAAGGUGGCUAUGCAUCAAAUGGUGCUUCAACUCAAUCUGAUGGAGAUUCUUCAAAUACAACCAUAUUUGUUGGAGGACUUGACCCUAAUGUCACUGAGGAAGAUCUCAGGCAACCUUUCUCUCAGUAUGGUGUACUAGUUUCUGUUAAAAUACCUGUUGGAAAAGGAUGUGGGUUUGUACGAUUUGCCAACAGGGACAAUGCUGAGGAGGCAUUGCAGAAGUUGAAUGAGACUAAUAUCGGCAAGCAAACAGUGCGCCUUUCUUGGGGUCGCAAUCCAGCAAAUAAGCAGUUUAGGGCUGAUUAUGGUAACCAAUGGGGUGGAGCUUACUAUGGAGGGCAGGUCUACGAUGGUUAUGGCUACGCUUUUCCGCCACCUAAUGGCAUAGGCAUGUAUGCAGCUGCAGCCACCGCAUAUGGGGCUUACGCCUUCUACGGUAAUCACCAGCAGCAGGUAAGCUGAAACAAUAACAGCUGGAGAGAGGAGAUGUAGCGCUAAGUAAGCUCAAACUAGGGAAAAAAAGGAAGGGAGGGGGGUAGAGGGGGACUGCCUUGUUAGUUACUCCAUAGCUCUCUGGGUUCUGUAGAAUUCUUACAUAAAAAUCUCUCCCAAUCUGGAGUGGAACUGAAUUUUGACCCCUUGUUUAAGUAGGUUUUUAUUUUUAAGGGAUUGGAUUCAUUAUUUAAUUUUAUGCGCGAGUUAAAGGGAAACUUGUUGAUUGGAAUA